CACUUUGCAGUUGUUGAUCAGUUUUGAGUACGACGGACGAUUGUGGAAUCAUUCGUUCGAUCCGUAGAUAUAGAUUAUAUAGAUAGAGGUGUUGAAUAUGAUGUUCCUGAAGUCUAUAUCAGAACGCUGACAGCUACGGAAGCCCGCACUCGGACUGAACAAGAAGGACUACAUAAUCCCCGGUACAUUAUUCAGUAUGUUGCGUUACUUCUCGUUUAUAAUACUACUGGCUGCCUUGAGAUUAGGCCUAACUAAGGAAACGGUCAGUGACGGGGGAUUCUUGCUAGAACCUUUACCAGAUGAAGACUCAAAACACUCCACUGUCCCGAUUUUACUGGAGGAGCCACAAGAUAGUUAUGUGGUGAGGAACAAUCCUGCUGUCCUCCACUGCAAGGUCCGCGACGCCCUCCAGGUUUAUUUCGAAUGUAACGGAGAACUAGUUCAUCAUAAACAACACAGCCUGCAGCAGUUUGUAGACCCCAUGACGGGAAUUCGUCAACUGGAAGUCUCAGUAGACGUCACAAGAGAAGACGUAGAGGACUAUGGAGGUCCUAACAAAUUCAAUUGCGUGUGCCAUGCGUGGUCGUCAACUGGUCGGACACACAGUCGAAAGACUGUCGUCAAGCUAGCAUACUUAAAGAAGCAUUUCAUCAACCAGCCCCUGAGCACCAGCGUUGAAAUAGAUGGCCAGAUCUCGCUUCACUGUUUGCCACCAGAGGGUGUGCCACCACCUAAAGUGUUCUGGUUACGUAACGACGAGAUUAUUGACACCAGUAAGGAAACAAACUUCAUAAUUUCGAACGAAGGUAACCUGUUGAUAAGUCAAGUGCGAUUAGCAGAUUCAGGUAACUACACUUGUGGGGCCAAAAAUGUAGCCAAUCAACGCUUCAGUGAAACCGCCACAGUAACUGUCUAUGUAAAUGGAGGAUGGUCCACCUGGAGUCCUUGGAGUGAGUGUACUAGCCGUUGUGGUCGAGGAUCGAAACUACGAAGUCGUAUGUGCACUAACCCGACCCCUCUCAACAAUGGUCACCAGUGUGUAGGGGAAGCUGCUCAGAGGUCUGAUUGUACAGUGUUAUGUCCAGCAGUCAAUGGUCGCUGGACCUCGUGGUCUUCGUGGUCAACCUGUGGCCUAGACUGCAGGCACCACCGUCGUCGAACCUGUUCCAAUCCUAAGCCAGCUAACGGGGGCCGUUAUUGUGAGGGCAAGGAUUUGUCAACAGGAAAUUGUACAGGAGGCAUGUGCAGAGCUGGUCGAGAGCCAGAUAACCUCCGUUCAUACGAUCGAAGUCACAGCAAAGAAGUGACAACAAAUGCCAAUAUCACUCUUUACGUCGGCUUUUUGUCGCCUUGGCUGUGCAGAGAUUUGUCUUUCUAUAAUACUGGCGAAACAGGAUUCGUUGCACUUCAACCUGACCUGACCCAGAACUCUUUAAGUGUUCCACCACACUUACGUCACGGAAAUCAAAACGAGCCAAACAACGGAGAAAAAUCGGGCCUCCUCCCCUGCAAUAAAAACUCCACCACAAGUGCCCCUCUCCAUUCCUCCCAAACAUGCAGCACCCAUUGUUCUACAAAAAUGCUUCCUCGCACAGAAUCCCCUCUUUCUGGGUUAUUGUCGGUUUCAGAAUCACAAACAGAUUCGAAGUGUGACUCAGGUAUAAUUACAAACGGGAAAUCAACGAUAUCUUUUUUGCUGCCACCUGGUAUCGAUAUAGAAUGUUUAUCGUGGAAGUUUGUUACAAGAACUGGAGCUAAAAUAUCACUGCCGCAUUUGGGAAUAGUUGUCACUGUACCCAAAGGUGCAGUAAAAAGAGGAGCCAAAGAAGAGAUUUAUGUGGCUCUCUUGAGAGAAGACAAGGAUCGUCCAAAGUUAAGUGAUAAACAAACUAUCCUCAGUCCAGUGGUGCAAAUUGGGCCUCCUGGUAUCAGUUUACAGAAACCAUUGAUCAUCAGUUUUCAGCAUUGUGCCAAUCUUACCCCCUGCAAAUGGAACGUUAGUGUCUAUUGUAGUGAUGCAUGCAUUGGAGAUGAAGAAAGUCUAACGUGGAGAGAACUCAUUACGUUAGGUCAGGAGACUAUCAACACUCCACUUUACUGUCAACUAGAUGGACAACAAUGUCACUUUGUGACGGAUCAUUUAGCCCGCUAUGCAUUGGUUGGAGAAUCAGUAACGAAACAAAAGGCUGUGAAGUCGCUUACGUUGGCAGCUUUCGCGCCAUCUUUAAACUCCUCCGUAGACUACAACAUACGUCUCUACUGUGUGGAAAACACAUAUGCUGCUCUGCAGGGCGUAGUUGGAGUUGAGAAAAACUUGGGAGGAAAGUUAUUAGACACUCCCAAGCCUAUGUGGUUCCAAGAUGGAGGCUCGAACCUUUGUUUGUGUCUUGAGGACAUAGGCCCAGGCUGGAGGUGCAAACCGGGGGCUAAUUAUCAGGAAAUUCCAUUUCAACACGUCUGGAGCGGCAGACAAAACCAACUCCAUUGUUCUUUCACGUUGGAGCACCUUGACCGUUCGCUUCAAAAAAUACGCUGUCAUAUUUUGGUUUACCAACGAGGAGUCCAGGCACAUCGCCAGUUACUACGAAUCAAUACAGACCUUCGUGACAAAUUUUCUUCAAAUCCUGCGGAAUCGCUUUCAGUAUUAGCGCCAUCUAUCUGUUCGUCUGUCAAUACAACGGGUGAUGUGAACUUGAAGCUUCCGAUGGAUAGCCCUUCAGAAGGAUUCAGAAUUUCUCCAACAAUCUGCAAACAACUAUGUGCCUGUUUGGAUCCCCCUAACACGACAAGUAAUGACUGGAGGAGGUUAGCUCAAGAAUUAGGGGUAGACAGGUACUUAAAUUAUUUUGCAACUAAAUCAAGCCCGACGGAACACAUCCUGGAUGUUUGGGAAGCAAAGCAUGGAGAACCUACAGCACUAACUGAUCUUAUGAAUCUGUUUAGGCUUAUGGGGCGUAAUGAUGCCUGUGCAAUAAUAGAAAAAGAAUGUGGACCUUGGCUAUAAAAAAGAAUUAUUUUAUUAUGGUGGUCACGAGAGUACUACUCUUAAUUUCGGAUGUUUAAGAAACUGUAUAUACUUUAAAAACAUGUAUAAAUUACAAUGGAAAUAAGGGAAAAUGGUCCAAACCAUAAAAUAAUAGUGUUAAUCAGCCCUGAACUUUGCUUAUAAGCAACAAAUCUAUGCAGGAUUUUGUGCCAAGAGACUCAUAAAUAUGUAGAAUAGAAAUGUUAAAAUAAUCUUAAAGUGUUUAUCUUAUAAAUCUAAAACAUUUUCUUUCAC